CUAUCAGCCGCGCAGCGCCGAAAUUUUGACCGGAAGCCACGCCUCGUAAUUUUGACGUCACAAUUGACUUGUUGGGUGUGGCCUGAUGUUUAUUUGCCUAGAAGAAGCUAGUUUAGCAAAGAACAAGAACUGUCUAUAGAUUUAGACCACAGUUUAGAGAUUAAAUCGUUUUGCUUGCCUACUAGCUAGCUAACUGUAGCAAGAUUCCGAAGAAAGGGAGUGCUCAGCAAGAUAAUCAGAUACAAUAACUUGAGCAGAGUAGUAGAGAUCCAGAAAAGGGGGGGCAUUUGCCCCCUUUGCCACCCCCUGGCUACGCCACUGGUCUUCCAAGUGGAUGAGCUUGAAAGCCUAGCUCCUUAUAAUUCUGCUGUGUGUGAGGUUAUGUGCAAAGGGACAAUUUGAGGAAUGUAUAGACUGCACACGAACUGAUGGCAACUUUUUGUGUCACAGCUGCUCUAGCUCUAGCAGUGGUUUGGUGCAAAUGGCUGUCAAUAAUAAUUGUUUAGGAUUGAUAACCCAACAUGUACAAUAACAAAGACAAUAAAAUUAAGAGCUAGGAAAAUAAUUAUUCGAAUGUUAAACAAAUUUGCAUUACCAGAAAAGAUGCGAAUUGUUUUGAGAAUUGGCAUCUGCCAACGAAAUUUAACCCUUAGCGUUUUUCGACUGUAGAUCUGCGACCAUGUCCGCAUGACAGUACUAAAACUCCAAAGCGAUGGCAAAAACACGUCCAACAGGUAGGUCCAUGGGAGUGGUUUAGAUACAUAUAGAUUCUUUUGUGAAAGAGAAUCAGAAUAAUUAUGGAAAUUCACAGACAGUCUGGUAAAAAUGAAAAGACGACACAUGGUCCUCUGAAGCAUUGAUCCAUGUACAGGGUUUCAUUUUGUGGGGAGGGGGGAGGUUAUAGAAGAUCGCAAGAUGUGUAUACAUGUGUUAGUAUGAGUUUCUUUUUCCCUCCAAUGCUCCAAACGAAGAAGCCAAUAAGUUGUUGAAAGAUGACAAGCAAAACACAACUGGGAAAGAAAAGAAAAAGAAGUGACAAAAUUUGGAAAAGCAUACAAAACUUCAUCCAAAGAUCGAGAACGAACUGACUGAAAAUCACCGUGUUAAAAAAAUACUACAUGUUACCUUAGCAUGCAACUGUUUCGACAUAAACCUAAGUUGAAAACUGUCCUGUGUACAUUGCUAUAACAUCAUGUAUUGCUAUAUACAGCAUCACAGAGGAGGGGCCACCUCAAGCGAGAUACGGGUUUUUGGACUGGUAGACGUCUCUGUUCUUCCUGCCCUAGGACACAUGCAUGGAGAUCGCUGCUAAUCGAACAGCCGGAACAUUCCUACCAAUUAGUGUGUGGUUAAAUUUCACUUUCUACAUUAUGUAUGUGAUAGAAGCCCCGUGUUUAAUUCUCAUCGCCUUUGGGGGGGCUGGUUUCUUACUGACAAACAUGUUUUAUUGUUCCUCCUACUCCAGGAUGGUAUCAAGGGAGGUGUAAGUAUUGAUGCUUCUAAGACUAUACCAAAGAGAGUGCUGACGUUCGUCCCAACUGGUUGACACUGCUAACUGUUGGGCUCAGGAACGGGCAAAACGACUGUCCUUAGAUGAGGGAUAGCUAUGCUUGUAUCUUUUCCACGAAGAUUCUACUCUGUGUUACCUGGAAAAAUACACAUAGACCACUUUGGAAUGAACUUGAAGGUGGACGACACACACUUGAGAGCAGUCUAAAGAAGAUAAAUGGCCUGACCAUGCAUGUAUCUGGCUAAUAGGCAUAUGAGGUACAUAUCUAGGUGCAUCUUGAUUCAGUUUGAAAACUCGUGUGUUGAACCAAAGAUUCGGGACUACACAGAGUUGAAUAGUCUGCUGCCCGAACUCUCUAGGGCAGUUGGUUUCCUCAUCAGCCUUGGAAAAAAGUUCUUGGAGAACAGAAUAACAGAGCUGGAUGAAGAUAUCAUUCCUGUUGUUAACAGCCUGAUGAAAGGAAAAGCGUUCACUCGUGUCCUAACAUCAUACACAUAAUUAUUGGCACAUGCAGUCAUGGUCAACGCCUCACAGCGGCCUGGUUCAGUGGCAAACCUUACGCUAGAGGAAUUUAAAGAGGCAAGACUUGAAAAGUCUACAGGAGGAGUGCUCCAGGUCCACAGACACAUGACACAGGUCCAGGGCUCCGCAUAUCUCAUACUAACACUACACCUGAUGGAGAAAAUGAAAAAGUACCUGGAAUACGUUAGGCCUCAACAACUCCAUAUUAAACAAUCAAACAUAAUUAUUUUUCCUCAGGAACGGAGGGAAAAAGCUUGAAAAUAUGGCGGCGAGGGUGGAAAUCCAGGCAAAGAAGUUUAACUUCACAUUUGUCACUGCUACUGAGCUAAGAAAAGCGGUGUCCGCACGACAGGUAUAUGUAUGCUCGGAUCAUGUUUGUAGUCAUUUGCAAGGAGGAUGAUCCGCAACCAACCAAGAGAAAAAAAGAGAUGGUGACAGUCAGUGACGACAGAGAGCAGUCAGUGGGCAAUGUGGGCCAAAAAAAUCUCACAAUAAUUCUGAAGGCGGUGGGAAUGGACGAUCUCUAUGGUGAUCUCAUAGAUCACUUCCGUACAAAGAUGGUGCCAUACAUAUCUCAACUACAACCUGUCUUGAUUGUGAAAGCGGACAACACAUCGCCUAGUGAGAGUUUUACUCCACCAUGUACGACGUUAGACGAGUUUGGGCAGGAACUAUGCAAUGCUGUUGCAAACCUAACUCUACAUGAUGUGAGUCCAUUGCACUCAGAAACAAAAAUUGAACAAGAACUGGAACUGGUACUUUCCAAGCAAUCUAUAUACCGCUCAUUUUGUAGUGAGUGAACCAGAAAUGGGUGCCAGCCAUAACUUCAUACAGCGAAAACACUAAGAGAAAAUAUAUUAAACCUUUGUUGCCAAAAGAAGGUGAUGAUUUUGAGAAUUCUGCAGUAAAACUACUAUUCCAAAUACUCUGCGUUCAUCCCAAAAGGAAAGGAGACUUUGCCGACUUUCUUAUGGAGUAUGACGUACAUUAAUCUGUUACUGCGUAGUAUAAUUGUUUGUUAUUGUAUGAUAAUUUGCACGUUAAUUUAACAAUAAUAA